ACUCAUUUUUUAGCCUCCCAGCAACAUUUACUGCAUUAAACGCACUCUGAAACCAUUAUAAAGCUUUAAACGCCAUGGACGAAAAGGUUGCAGAUCCUCCUGCAGGGGAUGAUGGGUCAUCGUGUUUGGGGGCUGCCGGAGGAUCGUCUGCUUCCCGUUUGGACUCUCAGCUCCAGGAGGCCGUCCGGUUAAAGACGGAGGGCAAUGCUUUCUAUCGGGGGAGAAACGUGCGCUCUGCUAUUGGCCGCUACCAUCGAGCUCUGCUGGUCCUGCGCAGUCUGGACUCUGAGGUAAACUCUGUGAUGCAGGGCUUCGGGGCUCCGGUGCCCAAACUCAACCAGGAGCAGGACGAGCUGCUGAGGAGCACGCAGAUAGACUGCUAUAACAAUCUAGCAGCAUGUUUACUGCAGCGAGAGCUGGUGGACUACACACGUGUGCUGGAGUACAGUCUGAAGGUGCUCCACUGGAGGCCUGCUGAUACUAAAGCCCUCUACAGAGCCGGUGUAGCUUCACUAGAGCUGGGCGAUGCUCCUGCGGCGCGACAGUACCUUACACAGGCCAGCAGAGGGAAACCUAACGAUGCCGAUGUAAAGAAGCAGCUGCAGCGAGUGGAGGAAAGACUCAGCCAGGACUACCAAAAGGAGAAGGCGCUGUAUAAAGGUAUGUUCAGCAAACAAAAACAAGCCGAGGAGCAGAUAGCAGAGGAGAAGACCCGGGAACUGGUCUAAAUGGACUAAUACACGACUCAGCAGGAGUAUCCGUCAAGUACAAAGAGCUUAAAGAGCUGACAGCAUCCCAAAGGAAGUGGGAUGUUUUGCCUCGGGCUGUGGGUAAUUUGCUGCAUAUGCCAUUCACUGGUGUCACAUGACAAGACUAAAUUUGUGGCUGAAAUCUGGUGCAACGUGGCGACUUGAAAGAGAAUUUUAAUGCACUUGAAAUGCAUUGUAGUCUGGUAAUAAAUAUGAUGUCCAGCUGCUUGUUUUGCA